UUCAAAUUUAGCACAUUAGCCACUACAGUGCAAGCGCAGUUGCAAGUCAGUGUAAAUGCAUGAUACAUUUCUCUAAACCAAGAUAGACGACAGACAGCCAGAUGGAUCCAGUCACCUGUCUAUAUCUUUCCAAUCUUUUAAUUGAAAGCGCUCUCUGCAGGUAUCAACUAAGGAAUCAUAUCAUUCAUAAAUAGUUUGGAGGAAAUGUUGAUUAAUCUUCUGUCCACUAAAGUGGACGUCAUGCAUCACUGGCUAUAUUUCAACUACAAUUCAUACUGUUACUGUUGUUCUUGAAAAUACUUCAUCUGCAGUAACUUUUUGGGCUGUAAAUUAAUAUACUUAUGUUAUUAUAAUAUUAGCUCGUUUGUCAGCAAUGCUCAAAACAUCACUGUUACAUGAUGUCAUGAGAUCAGGUUGGGCUCUGGAAACCCCUGGCCCCAUCUCACUGAAGCAAAAAAUGCAAACAGAUGCCACCAUGCUGCAUGCAACCGAAGAAGCAAGUACAUCUUCAGAACUGAGAAAUCAUUAUUGGCUUCAACUGAAAUGAUCCAGUAUCAGUUAUUAUCUAAAGGGGUUUGGGACAAAGUCCAGCUGCUACACCAAAACAGCUUACGAAUACUCCAGGUGAAGAGACAACAAGAAAGUGACAAACAUGGACUCAACAUCUUCAUUUAUCAAAUCUGUGACCAAGCGAGUGUGGUCCCCACCUCAGCGUCCUUUCAGAGUUUGUUGUCACAACAGGGAGACCAGGAAGGGCACCACAGCCGGGACCCUGGAAGAGCUCAAAGAGAGGGUCUGUCAGGCCCUGCUGCUGUCCCUGUCUGCAGUGUCUCUGUCUCUGGCAUGUGAAGAGGACGGCACUGAGGUAGACUCCAACGAAUUUCUCAUGACCCUGCCCGACAACAUCAUGCUCAUGGCCCUGGAGCCUGGACAGACAUGGAGACCACAACCGGGUGCGGUUGUGCGCAAAUCUCAAGACAACGUCAAGCGCCGGACCGGGAGAGACAUAGCUCGUGUGACCUUUGACCUGUACAGGAUUAGUCCAAAGGAUGUCUUUGGCUCUCUGAAUGUGAACGCCACUUUCCAAGGCCUGUACUCUGUGAGUGCUAACUUUGAGUGUCUGGGGCCCAAGAAAAUCAUCAGAGAAGCCCUGCGUGUGGCCUCCACCCUCCUACACGCCGCAGGACACCUGCUUAUCACUUCCGCCACCAUGAUCCGUCGCAUUAUCGAAGGUGCUGAGCUCUGGCAGCCACAGAGGACAGAGUACAAAGCCAGCUGGAACUGACCUGCUUAGAGGUAUCAUAGGGCAACUUGGACAGAUAAUAUUGUUGAAUAUAUAGGGAUCUUUCAAGCGUAAAGGCCUAUACUAGCAAGAGGAAGCUUUCUGAAUGUAGCUGGAUAACAUGAGAAUAUGUGUCAGCUGUUUUUCUAUUUUUUGUGCAAUAUAUUUCACAUAAUAUUCUAGAAUUCUCCUUUAUUUUUGGUAAUUUGGUAACUUUUUUUCUAUUUGCUCUGAGAUUACAGCCCAGGAAUCCAGACUAACUUUUUUCACUAGGAGCACUGUGGCCCCCAACUGAAAAUGUUAGGGGCACAACCAGACAUUUUAGGAGCACACACCCUAAAUCAACAUGCUAACCAAAUAUUCACAUUUCUACUAAAUUUCACUGUAUUAGUAAUAAAUACUUUGAUAAUAGAUGAAGGAAUUACCACAAUGUGCUGUUUCAAAUUCAGUGUCACGUUUUAUUUUUUAUUAUACUUUUGAAGAUGCAACAUAGAGGGUAAACCGACAGCACCAUCGCUGUCUUGACAAAAAAAUAUAUUCACAGAAUAAAAAAAGUGCUCAGUGCACAGUACUUAACAAAUGUAUGUAAACAUUAGCGGCACUGGCCAAUAACAUUUCACUAGAACAAGCAGGCCCGAACAACUUGUGCCUUUACUUAGAGCAGAUCCUCCUGUGUUCCACUAGGAGGCUCAGAAGGCCAGCCCUUGUAAUUGGCUUUUGAAUUUGGUGAAGGGUAGUUCCUCUUUAGCAAUAAAGUAGGCCGUGUUAAAUUUCAGCAUCAUUUCCGCCUCAUCUGCGGUAUUAUUUACAGCCUCUUGUCUUCUAAAAGCAGCCGGCGUUGCUUUUUCAUUUAUUAACAUGUCUUGGCAUACUCUAUGCUUGAGGCUAAGAUUGUGUUUAACUAGAGUAUUUUAUUUAAACUGCGAAGUGCCUGCAGUCGGCAAACUUCGUGUUCCCCGCAGUUCUGGGGUAGCGACUGCAACAUUCGCAGUUCAUGGAGUUCGUCUCCUUACUGUACCUCAACCAGCUGAAUUCUUGCAGCCACUCUUCCCGAAAAGUAUGGGUUCGGACCUUUUUCGCCAGACUAACUUCUGAAUCAUCAUCCGAUUGUGACACUGUUGGCUGUGGCGCUUGCCCUGGCACACUAGCCGCAGGUCGAAAGAGUCAAUAGUUUGCUUGCUCAUAUUUCAGAUGCACAUAGCAGGUUGUGACAUCUUUGAUAAGACUCCUCCACAGACGUUUACGCGCACUCGAUUAUCUGUCAGACCCUCCCCCUCCACACAUUCCCUAUCCUUCUCACACUCGACCUGCAAAAUGUGCCGGAUUCAUUGACAUGUGCGACCAGAUGUAAAAUUCAGUCGCACACUCUCAAAUUUGGUCGCAGUCUGGAGCCCUGCAGCCGCUGUUCAGUUGUUGUUCGUUCUGUCAGUUCACGAGUGUUUUGAUGUAACUAAUGACAACAAGAGUCGUGUUCAAACAACAGAACUUUAUUACUUGAACAAUAAAAACAGUACAAAUGGAAAAAACAUACAGUACAUCCCAACCAAAACUGGGUGAUGGGCGGGUGGGCAUAUGCCUCUGUACCACUGAAUCAACUUGUAGCACGGGAUUCCGACCAACAGAGCCAGCCUGUUGUAUUCCUCAAUGUCUGGAUACUGGCACUCGGUGAAAGCCUCCUUCAUCCUCUUCAACUGAGUCUGCGUCUUUGUCUCUGUUUUGAGUUCCACAUGAGUGGGAAGUGUGCAUGUGUUUCGAUUAUCGAGCAACAUGAUCUUCAGUUUAUCAUCGACGCCGCUGGUGAUUGUUGACUCUGUUUGCGUCUGCGUUUCUGACUCCUCCUCACAGUGGCUUUUCUACGUUUUUUUUAAUUAUUUGAGGUAGAAGGAGUUGUGUCAUCUUUUUUCAGUGGUCCUGUCUGGUUGUCAGGGAGAGGAGGCAUGUUGAAGGCCUGAGUUUGAACCAAGGGGAUGAGCAGGGGCAUUCCAUACUGUGUCUCAUUGGGUACCCCACUUUUAGGGACAUACGUGUUUGCUUUUGGCUUGUUCUUUCGUCUGGUAAAAAGAGUUAUCUCCAACUGAGUGGGCUUCUGACACUCACUAUGUGUGCUUCUUUUGCUCUCCACAAUAUACUCUACCCCUUGCGUCGUUUUUUAAAUUUCCACCUCGGAGCCCCUGUACCAUGAACCACACCCUCACCUGGUCUGGGUGCAGGGAGCAGCACAGUGCCAGUGUAGCUGUCUGUUUCUGUGUCAUCUAUGGAAACUGGUCCAAGGCCUUUUCCAGCUCUUCUGCACCACCUGGCUGUAGGUUUACCUCAUUGGAGUGCACCCAUAUAAGCCUCUGAUUGUCAGAGACCAGGGGGAGACACAUACUACACUGCUCUGGUUUAUUUUGAAAGCCAUCGGGUCAACGUUUAUUUCUGAUAAGUCUCCCCAGGAGCGCUGGGUGUCUUUUGUAUGAGCUGUGAACCUCAAUCAACUUUCUGAAUCAUCUUUCACAUCUGUCGGGAUGACUCCUGUAAAGAGCAGACAAACAGAAAAAGUUAUCAUCAUCCAUUAAGUUGCCAUUUUUGAAAAAAAAAAACAUAUCACUUUUAUAAUUAUUACAAUUAGCAAUGCAUUAUGUGUCUAUCAUAUUACAUUUGCAGUUAAAGGAUCACAUAACAUUAUUGUGUUUUAUUAUUCCGUCCAUAACAGUGCAUCACAGUGUAUUACUUAAUUUAAUUGUUGUAUUAAUAAUAAAAACCUGAAAAAGUAA